AUGCGCUCGGACGAGCGGGGCCAGCGCGUGAACGUGGCCAACCUCUCCCGCCUCGUGGAGGUGAUCAGCGACCUCGGCCACCAGGGCUACAAGGUGGUCCUGGUGUCCUCCGGGGCCGUGGGCAUGGGCUGCAGGGAGCUGGGCUUGGCAAAGAAGCCGACGGAUCCCCAGAUGAAGCGCGCCGUGGCGGGCGUGGGCCAGAGCCGGAUCAUGCGGAUGUACUCGGAGCUCUUCGAGACGGUCGGGCUGAAGAUCGCGCAGCUCCUGGUGAGCCAGAGGGACUUCUUGGAGCAGCAGCGCUGGGCAGAGAUCCGGGACACCAUUGCCGCGUGCCUCGAUGCCGGAGUUGUUCCGAUCAUCAACGAGAAUGACACCACCAACACCGACGGCGUCCGCUUUGGGGACAACGACAACUUGGCUGCCCUCACGGCCGUCCAGCUAGAGGCCGAGGGGGUCUUCCUCUUCACGGAUGUCGACUACCUCUACACGGCCAACCCGAACGUGGACCCCUCGGCAGAGCCCAUGCGCGUGGUCAGCGAGGCUUUCGAGCUGAACGUCGACACGCGCGAGCCGGGCUCCUCCCUGGGAACUGGCGGCAUGUCAACAAAGGUGGCCGCCGCUCGGACGGCCCACUGCGCCGGCAUCCCGUGCGGCAUCUUGCAUGGCAAGCACCCGGAGCGCAUCUUCAGCUUCCUCUCCCAUGACGAGACUGCUUCUACGCACAGUGGCCGGAGCCCACUGGAGUCGGACACCCUCAGCGACCAGUUGGUGGAGACCGAGCCGGAAGGCACCCUCUUUGCGGCCGAGGAGGGCGAGCAACUGUCGGAGGCCGAGCGGUGGAUCCUGAGCCUGCCCGUGGUCGGAGAUGUGGACCUCUCCGACCCCAACUCGCAGAACGCCGACCUGCGGGACUUCGUCCUGGAUGCCGUGCAGGGCGGCCUCGGCGGCCUAAAGAGCCUGUCGGGCACCGCGCACCACGGGGGGGUGCGGGUCUUCAACCGCAACGUGGAGAUCGCCCGGGCCCGCGUCAGUUUUGAUGAGGACGGGGCCUGCACCCUGCCCAGCCUCCUUCCGGAGGAGAGUGUGGUGCUGACGCCUGGUCUCUUCGAAGGGAAGAAGGACAAUUCCCUGGGCCUCGAUCCGGCGCGCUACGACCCGAAGGUCCCCAAAGCCUACGACCACGGCCUGCCGAAGAAGCAUGUGCCGUUCACCUGCGGGUCGUCCCGCUUCGACCACCAGGGCAAGAAGGACUAUCGCCCCGGCCCUGGCGACUACAACGCCGCGAAGCAGACGCUGGCGGGCGCCCUGACCGUGUCCGCGGCGAAGACGAUGGGGGUGGCGCCUGCCGAGCAGCGCUUGCUCUUCAAGUCGACGAGUGCGCCCUCCAUCCCUCGAGACCACCAGUGCUUCGGCUACGACGAGGCUGGAGACGGCCGGCUGAUCCGACAGGGUCGCAAGGAUGGCAUACAAGAGCUGUCUGGCAAGCCAGGCGACAGCGCCGGUCCUGGCCACUACGAUGUUGCCCAGGCCAGAUCCAUGGCCAACGCCGCCCGAGGCGGCAGAAUCAUGCCGCCGGCCUACGAAGCCCCGGGCAAGGCUACCGAGACGCCAGGGCCGGGCCACUACGUUGCAAAGGCUUUUGGCAAGGAGAGCGAGAAGCCCAUCUACUCGUCCUUCGCCUCGCAGACAGAGCGCGAUGCGAAGCCCGAGAAGAAGGGAGUCGAAAUGCCUGGGCCGGGGCAGUACUACUCUAGCAGGCCAUUCAAGCGCCCGAAUAUGCGUGAGAUGCAUCCGGAGCUGCAAUACUUCGGCAGCACCUCCGAGCGCUUCCCCGAGGGCGAGGCCGUUAUUCUGGCGAGCCAGACCCCGGGGCCGGGUCAGUACGGCCUCGUGGACUACCGGAAGAAGGCUGCGAAGAGCUUCGCCUGGCUGAACGGGAAGCGCUUCCAGGACCACGCACAGAACGCGAAGAAAGUCACGAGCCCUGGACCCGGAGCCUACGAUCCCACCAGCAGCGAUGGGCGGACCAGCGGGAGAACCGGCACGGUGUCUAUCCUCGGCAGCACCGGCAGCCUUGCCUUCGGUAGCAUGGAGGCCCGGCGAGGUAUCGCAGACACGAAGAAGGGGCAGGACCCGGGGCCGGGUGCCUACUACGAGGGCGUCCCGGGCGAGGACUCCAGGGGCAGCGCAGACCAAGGGAGGGAGCCUAGGAGGCCCCGCAAGGUCUUCCCGCCCAGCUCCUUCUUCCGGUCUACGGUUCCCAAGGACAUCAUGGUUGCGCAGUACCAGAAGGAUGGCCAGGUGGGCCCUCCACCGGGGGCGUACAGUCCUAAGAGCCUCAAAGCCAUCGGGAACGUGCAGCACGUGGUGUCCAAGGGCGAGGGUUUCGGCUCUUCUGCACAGCGCUCCAGCAGCAUGCCCCCGGGCUUCACGUCGCCGGGCCCGGGCUGGUACAAGGUGUCGGACGUCACCGGUGGCAAGGUGAAAGGAACCUUCAAUCGGGUUGCGGUCGACGCCUAUCCGGCCUCCGGCAAGCCCAAG